AUGAAGAAUAUUCAAAGAAUCCAAAGAAGUAUUGAAUCAAUAAAACGCAAAGACAUGAGUGAAAUGAAUGGCCAGAGAAGUGAUGUCAUGAACGAUGACAUUCUGGGACUCAUACUAAAGAGAUUAGAUCUCAAAGACAUGUUUUGUUUGAAACUCGUGUCACAACAGUUCAGAGAUUGUGUGAAAGAAGUACUUCAAAAGAAGACAGAAGUGAGCGUUGGAUUGGAAGAUCAGAAGACAUCCCAAAACAUAAGUUGGUUUAAACCCAACUUUGAAGCCAAUGUAUGGAAUCGUAUUGACAUAACAUCAGCGGUCAGUUUGAGAGGCAUUGAUCUCGCAUUGGAUGACAACAGAAACUCAAACAUCGAGUCCACUGUCAGUCAAUUUCGUGGCGUAAAGAAGUUAUAUUUGGCGUCAACUGUAAUCAGUUUGAAAACAAUGCAGUUGUUUGUCAAGCAAUGGCCACAACUCCAAGAGAUCUACAUCUAUGACAUCCAAAUCCAACGCUUGAGUGACCAGACAAUCACCGAAUGGACACAACUUCUGUCAAACAUCAAACACUUGUCCAUCGGUUGCAUGAGAAGCAAAUACAUACCGUUUCUGAGAGAUCUGAUCACACAAUUGCGAUCACUUCAAAGUGUAAACGUCCGUAACUUUAACUCAUACUACGCCGACCCGACCAUCCCUUUGCCAGUAUUGGCCGAUUGUUUGCCGCCAAACAUCCAUUCACUGCGAAUCGAUGUGUCUCCAGCCGAGACUCAAGCCUUGGAUGUGAUCACAAAUCGGUGCACAAAAUUGAAGACACUUUGUAUUUCUGAAACUCAUUUAUGUAUUUCUCAAACGCCGGUCGAAGGGUUGGAUUUCUGGAAUCUUCGGUUGCCAUUGAUCUGCGAUCGUCUCAAUUCACUCAAGUAUUUGACGCUUAUUUUGGACAUCGUUUCUGCCAAAGACUUCGCAAAAAAUAUCGCAAAACUCAAGCACUUGAAGAAACUAGUCAUCAAAAUGAGUGGUUUGGCUCACUUCCAGUACUUCGGCAACAGAAUGAAUUUUGACACAAGAGAGAUGGCCCGACACAUGCGCCCAAUGGUGACGCUGAAUACACUAUCGCUGUCGCGAGUCGUGUGUCCACCAAAUGGGUGGUCAGACUUUUGCAAAGUGUUCCCAAAUGUCCGCCGACUGAGAAUCGAUUACACCUAUUAUCGGUGCGAUUGUCCGCACGAACAACACUACUGUGAACAUUGUUUCUAUCGGUCUAUGGUUUCGGUGUCCAAUCUGUCCCAAUUGAAACACGUGAUCCUUUCUAAUGUCACUCCUAUUACACGCCAUGUACUCGACCUCUUUGCAAGUGUGGAUCACUUAAGCAUUUUGUCUCUUCAAUAUUCACUCGCGAUCGAAGAGCUGAUCCCAUUCAUUACCGAGACAUUGGCCAAUGGGGGCGGAGUAUUCCGAUUGGAUCUGUUCCCAGACGUUAGGCCAGACCUGAUUCAAAGAGUGGCCGCAAUGGACGCCGCACUCCCGGAACGAAUAUGUUCAUACAAAAGUAGUGGCAAACACUUCGGAGCCCUGACGUGCAAAUCAUGUAAACCAUUCUUCAGGAGAAAUGCGCUGAAAAACAAAGUAUUUAAAUGCAAAACUAAUGGGAAGUGUGUUAUCGAUCGCAACACAAGAAAGUCGUGCCGAAAGUGUCGGCUAAACAAAUGCCUGUCCGUUGGCAUGAAAAAAGAAAACAUCCGAAACGAAGAGGAGAAACAACUUCGAAGAAUACUCGUCGAAGAGAAUCGCCGGAAGAGACAAAACCGCGGAUCAAGUGAUGACAAUAUGAGGACAUCAACGGAUGAAUACAAGAGUUAUAGCAAUUCAGACGAAGAGCCAGAUUCGCAAAACAGCAAAAACAUAAUUAAUAUAUCGUUAGCCGUCGACUCUCGACGCAAACAAAACUCUAACAAAGACUUUCUGAACGAUCUGUUAGUGGACAGCAGUAUUAGCCAAGAGAUGAUCAAUUGUGAGAUCAAAGAGAUUGUGGAUUACAUUGAAGAUAAGGCCAAAGCAGAUGAUGAGAGAGACAGCGAUUCCCACGCCAUAGAUGUGUACAAAACAAUAGAGAAGCCGUUCGUCGACUGUUUCAUUGAACUGCAAGACAGUCGGCUCCGGGAACUGAUGGCUGUGACCAAAGUAUGGGACAUUCCCAGCGUAUUUGCUAAUCAUAUGGUGCAGAUCACCAAUAGGCAGAUCAUGGACUACAUGUCCGGCAUAUUCUACGACAAAGAGGUCAAAAACGUGAUAACACUGUCCAAGAGUUUGAGUACAUUUGAGCGCAUUUGCGAUAACGAUAGGAUAGCUUUGGUUAAGUACGGCUGUAUGGAUAUACUGUGCCUCCGAUCGGUCACAUCUUAUGACACCAUCAAUGAGUACUGGAGAAUAGUUUUGAAUGAAGAAAUCUCUUUCCUAAUGAGAGCCGAUAUAUUGAAGUCUAUACGAAACGAUGUGUACAUGAUUUACAUCGAUUAUUUCACAUCCAUUUGCCACGAAUUGGAUUCCGACCCAAUCAUAUUGGAUUUGUUAACAGCUAUCGUACUCUUUAAUCCGGACCGACAAUACCUGAUACAUAAGGAGGCAGUAAAACAAGAGCAAAAUCUAUACAUAUAUUUACUGCAACGAUAUCUACGGCUAAAAUACAAGUCUGAAUGUCAGGCGGAGUUCAAGUUUGGCCGACUUUGCCGUACAUUAAAAGAAAUAUAUCUAUUGGGAGAAAAUCAGCUCAAACUCGCACAACAGGACGACCCCGCGAUUUACGGGCCACUCUGGACUUAUUAUCUUAAUAGCGGCGAUAAGUCCAGCGAUAACGCCGAGAGAUAA